UUCUAAUCGGCGUAUUUAUGUAGAGAAAAGUGAGGAAAAUCCAUGGAAGUGUAAACGCGGAGAGAGAGAGAGAGAGAGAGAGAGAGAGAGAGAUGGUGUUGAACAGUAUGGUGGUGCUGACGGUGGCGCGUGUGUCGGCGGAAGCGUGGCAGUGGGCGUCAUGCAUUGGGAAUAGGGAAAGUGCGUUGAGCAGCGAGCAGAUGUUGGAUCUGAUUUGCUGUUUCCCUUUCCAUCAACUGAGUAGAUUCGCUCUCUGUCUCUGCUCCUUCUUCUGCCUCCCUCAACCCGAUUCCUACUAUCCCUAUUCCUAUUUCCCUUCUUCUGACUCUGACGAUUCCGAUGAUUCUUCCGAUUACUACUACCACUCCCAUUCCGACUGAACUCACUCUCUACUCGAUUCUUCGAAAGAAUUUCCCUGCUAAUUAUCUUCAUGAAAUGAUGUAAUGGUAGACUUUGUGUUGUAAGACAAACAUGAGAUCCUCAAUUACAGUCUCUGGUUUCUCUUUCAGUAUGACGAAAGCGUCUUUGCAGAAUGACACCGAAGACUUCAGUAGUGUUUAAGCUGCCUCCGUUGUAUAAAAGCAUCUUUUUAACACUUAGAUUAUUGUGGUUGAUUGAUUGAUAUCUUCACAAUUUAUAUCAUUGUAAAGAGUGAUUUGUGAGUGGUAAUAUAGUUUUAAACUGCCCCUGAAAGGGAGCGUUGUGAUAUAAGUUACUUCAGAACAGAACUUUGUAUUGUAUAUGUAUAUACCUUCGAUCAUCACAUAGAUUUCUGAGAA